AAUUCACUAUGUGUUUAUGGAUAUACUCUUUGAUAAAAAAUUGUGUCCCACCCAUAAACAAAUAAAAAUUAUACAAAAACUGAUCUUAAAUCUCUUAAUUAAAGUUUGUCUAAGUGGAACUGAACUCAAAUUUCUUAUGUAAAGUUCUUCGGACAUUGUGGAUAGAAAAAAACAUGGUAGGAGUGAUGGUCACGGUUUAUAAACAGAGAUUAAUUAUCGACAAAGUUAGUGAAUACUUCUCAUUAAUAAAAAAAAUCAAUUUCUUUUUUUAUAGAUUAUGUGAUGUGAUAUAGAUUAAUCUUAAAAAAUUGAAACUUGUUUGAACUAGAAGAAAGAAGUGAAAAAGUUAAACCAGUUGACUUGACCUUGCUGGGUUCCUUCUAACAACACUCUUCUUUCUCUUGAAUUUCUUAUUGUAGAAAUGUAUCAUCAGCUAGAAACUUGGACAGCUUUGGUUGCAAUUUUUUUGUGUAUAGUUUGUUUUAUUGUGAAAGAGAUUGUUAUGGGAGGGAGUAGUUCAAAAGGGUCUUCUAGGAAGAAGAAGCAGCAUGUUUCUUCAUAUAGGUCUUCAGGGUCUUCAGAUUCUUCAUCUUCAUGGAAUAAUAAUAAUUAUGAUGAAUAUGGAUAUCCACCACAAUCACCAUAUCCUCAACAGAGUCCUUAUCAUCAGACACCUCACCAUCAAGCUGCAUCAGCUCCAUUUUAUGAGAAUUCACAGCCUAAAAAGAAGUUAGAUAAGAGGUAUUCAAGGAUAGCUGAUAAUUAUCAUUCACUGGAUGAGGUUACUGCUGCUCUUGCAAAUGCUGGGCUGGAAUCUUCUAAUCUCAUUGUCGGCAUUGAUUUCACGAAGAGCAAUGAGUGGACAGGGAAGAGUUCAUUCAACCGAAAAAGUUUACAUCACAUUGGAAGUAGUCAAAACCCUUAUGAACAAGCAAUCUCUAUUAUUGGGAAAACUCUAUCUACUUUUGAUGAAGAUAACUUAAUUCCAUGUUUUGGAUUUGGAGAUGCAUCUACACAUGAUCAAGAUGUAUUUAGCUUCUAUUCAGAAGAACAAUUAUGCAAUGGUUUUGAGGAAGUUUUGGAAAGAUACCGAGAAAUUGUUCCUCACCUCAAACUUGCAGGACCGACUUCGUUUGCCCCUAUUAUUGAAAUGGCCAUAACUAUUGUUGAACAAAGUGCUGGCCAAUAUCAUGUCCUUCUCAUAAUUGCAGAUGGACAGGUGACCAGAAGCAUCGAUACAGAACAUGGCCACUUAAGUCCGCAGGAACAGAAGACAAUAAAUGCGAUCGUAAAAGCCAGUGAGUAUCCACUGUCAAUAGUUUUGGUAGGAGUUGGAGAUGGACCGUGGGAGAUGAUGAAGGAAUUUGACGAUAACAUCCCUUCUCGGGCAUUUGACAAUUUCCAGUUUGUGAAUUUUACUAAGAUAAUGUCGAAGAAUGUAAAUCCAACUCGGAAAGAGACAGAGUUUGCUCUUGGAGCUUUGAUGGAGAUACCAUCUCAAUAUAAGGCAACCAUAGAGCUUGGCCUAUUGGGUUCACGGAGGGGACAUUCACCAGAUAGGGUUCCUCUACCUGCUCCAAUUUAUAAUAGGACUUCUUCCAGCAUCAGUGGAAAAUCUUUUCGGUCAAACAGUUUUCAGCAGAAUGUGCCUAGGAGUACUGACUAUGGAUAUGAUAGCGGUGUUCACAAUCGCACACAACCAUCUACAAGCUCUUUACAUGAUAAUAAGGUUUGCCCGAUUUGUCUUACCGAUGCGAAGGAUAUGGCUUUUGGUUGUGGGCAUCAGACUUGUUGUGGAUGUGGAGAAGACCUCGAAUUUUGUCCCAUUUGUCGGAGCAGAAUCAGUACUAGGAUAAAGCUUUACUAGCUAUAUGUGCUGCUUUCAAUGAAAUUUUCAUUCAUUGGCAGAUUAAGGUUACUCAUCAAGGUUUGAUAAGGUUAGAACAUCAGAGUAAGGAAGAGUUUUUGUUUAUAAAGAAUAAAAGAAUGAGCGUUACCCUUUUGUAUAUAUGUGCUCGCUCUCGCUCUUUCCUUUUGUGUGCAUUGAAGGCAUCAUGUUAUUCAGUAAACUGUCUCGCUAAGAAUUGUCUGGAUUUUUUCAAUGAACACCUUUUUUGUUUUGUUUGCGAA